GAGGGGAGAAGUGCAUUGCUUAUGAGCGUUCAACAGAGCCGAUGAAUACAGACAAAUUAUUGCUUUAGGUUUAUUCAUUCUUGCCUGGUUUUAAUAUGAACGUGAACCGCAGCCUUUGGAGUCCAUCAGCGGAACAAUUCAACGGGCAUCGGAGUUGAAAUCGCGACGAAAGGUUUCCGAGCAAGGGGAUGAAGAGAACCGCUGGAAGUGAACGGUGAUUUCUCUUCUCAGGCGUUUAUUCAAUUUCUGCACCUGCUAUGAAAGGAAUAUCGCCUUAAACACAACAGGGGCUUCUCAGAGUAUAUCAAGAAGAAAAAUAUCAAUUUCGAUUGUAAACGCCAAAGACUAUUCGCUGGAUUUAUGGACAUUAAUCCGAAUCUGAGUUUAUUUAAUUGGCAAAGCACUUAUUUAUUGGAUUCGUGUCAGCUGUGGUAUAUAAUAAGCUAUUUUUACUGAAGUCUGCAGUUGCCUACUAAGCCUUACUCGAAGAUUAUUCCAGUAAGCAAACCCGGAGCGACGGAAUCAUUUACGGUAGUUCAAAACGCAGUUAACGGAGUGCAAUUGUCACACGGCUUUUUUUUUUUUUUUUUUGGGAACAGCUCCGCACUUUGACCCGCAGUCGUCUCUAAAUCAGAUCGGAUUAAUAAUAAUAAUUAUAAUAAUAAAAAAGGAAAUCUGGAAGUCCUUCUUUUAAUUGAAAGCAAAGGGGAAAGUGCCCAACGAACCUGCAGAAGAGGCUGAUUUUGGAUGACUUUUACCAUUUUUUUAUUCUCGCGCGGGACGUAAAACGCAGAUAAAAGGAAAUAAACGUAUAAUAAGUCGAAUCUACCAGGGAUUAUACAUUUUCCAUUUUACCUGAGAAAAGAUUGAGAUAUUUUUUAUUUUUGUCUUAUUCUUUCCUUUAUUCUGUUCGGCCGCUGCGCACGUUCCCACAGUCCCGUCAGCAGGAACCUGCAUGGAAAUCUAGUCAGCACCACAGAGCAAUAUAUGGUUGGCCUUGGAAAACCAGGGGCUGUAGAAUCUUACCUGCGUCUUCGCAGUCAUGCUGGCCUGCUUGCAGAGGAGGCAGAAUCCUGCACCCCAGCACGCCACGGCUGCUUGCAGCAGCAACAAGAGUCUUGAGCCAACGCAACACAUCAACCGCAAAUGUGAACUGACUGUCCCCAUGUCUACCCCACGCUACCCCAGCGCAGCAGAGCUGGAUGCCUAUGCGCAGAAGAUGGCCAACAACCCACUAUCCAUCAAGAUUUUCCCCACGAACAUCAGGGUCCCACAACACAAGCACCUUAACCGGACUGUGAACGGAUAUGACACCACUGGACAGCGGUACAGCCCCUACCCCCACCUCCACACUGGAGGCUACCAUGGUCUGCUGGCAAUCGUCAAAGUCUCAUCAUCCUCAUCUUCUUCAUCCUCAUCAUCUUUUGUACCAUCAAAGGGCGUUCUCAAAAACUCAGAGGGCAGGAGGACUAAGUUGUCUCCCGCGCAGAUAGCAGUGGCUCCUUAUCCGCCUCCAAACAGCAGCACUUUAGGUCAUUGCCAUGGACAGAUCAUGUACCACGCAGGACCUCCCAAACCCCCAGAGUCCACCACUCUAUCAGUUCCUCCCAAUGUCACUGUGGCAGGCUCCGUGAUCCCUGUGGCAGGGGGCCGGGGGCUGAAUGUCCCCCCUCAGUCAAACCUUCCCUCAAUCCAGAGCAUAAUUUAUCAGAUCAACCAGCACUGCCAAGCCCAGGCUCUGCAGCAGGUAUGUCAAAAUGGAACAUCUAUGGGACCCCUGAACCCCAGCCCAUGCAAACAGGGGACCACCAACUCCUCAGGAGGAACUUAUGUCAAUAGUGUGGCUCCACAAGGAAACAUGGCCUAUUCAGGGACGGUGCUAGCAGGACAGAAUGGGGAGGUGAUAAAGGCUGGAGUGUAUCCUGAAGGUAUGGACUAUCUGCUGUGGCAGAAGCAACAGCAGCAGCAGGCAGUGUUGAGGAUGUACAGUGGAGGAAGUGGAGGAGGAGGAGCUGUCAGCAAGUCGCCCGAAACAUGUGCCCUAGGCGCAUCCACCAUGCUGGGUGGGGCGCAGGUGUCCUACUCUAGAGGUUAUCCAAUGACGGCCAGUAUGAGUGGCGGGGGUGGGCUUGACAAGGUCAGCUCCUCCCCUUUGAACUGUGUGGGGAUGCAUGGGAAUUUUUCCGUUGGGCAGUAUUUCGCCCCUCCUUGGAACAGUGUUCUGGUUACCCCAGACAGUGACUGCUACAACCCUCAAGAGUUGCCAGGAGCUACCACCACGGCUGGAUCGGCAACAGGGCACAGAGAGCUGGGUUUCCCCCACCAUCACCAACACCCUCAUCAUAAUCACCACCACCAUCAUCAUCAUCAUCACCCUGCCAUAGACAGCACAGGUGGUUUGUGCUGCAGUUUGCCCAGUAAAAGCCUGUGUAAUACGUCAGUGUUGAGCAGCAGUCUGCAAUCAUUAGAAUACCUGAUCAAUGACAUCCAUCCUCCCUGCAUCAAGGAGCAGAUGUUGGGGAAGGGAUACGAGACGGUGUCUGUACCGAGACUGUUGGACCACCAGCAUGCACACAUCCGCCUCCCUGUUUACAGAUAAGAAGAGGUUUACUGGGUGGCAGCGGGUCAAGCUGACCAAUAUAAAGACCUACUGGGAAAUCUUUAAUCAAAAGCUGCAAAUGUUGCCAUUGUGGAUUGCUUAGAUUCGCUGUGGAAUUUUCAUGAUACUGCUUUAAGCAGAUGGAGAAAAUCUGGAUAGAAAUACAGAAUGAAUGCUGGAAAGCUAAUUGGUGUCUCUCAGCUUAGAGCUGGGAGAGAAUGGCUGGCUGUGAAAUGGAAUGUUGAAAGAUUCGAAAUGCGGAUUCUGUGGUUCUUUUUUGUUUUUGCUUGUUUUCCAGUUGUUUCUUUUUGUGAUUUUUUUUUUCUUCUUCUUUUAAUUAUUUUAUGAGACUAAUAAUAAUUUUUUUUUGGUGAGAGUCAAUGGUUGAAAUGAAGUAAAAUAUGGUAUCCUCUCCUCCUGACAUAUUGAGUAACUCGUGAUUAACAUGAUGAAGAUGACUGUCUUAAAAUUACAAUAUCUAUAAAAGUAUAUGGCUAAACCUGUACUCACAAAACACUGUAAGAGGUAAAGGCAUGCACACAUUGCAGAAUUGCAAAGAUCAAACAGCAGCAAGAUCAGUGCUUUUAGGUGAAGUUAAUGGAUAUUUCAUUGAAUAAAAAAAAUACAUUAAAAAAAGCUUAGCGGUAAUAAUUAGGGUUUUUCAUAGAAAGUGCACUGCUUGAGGUGUGAUAUUUUAACAUGAAAGUACUGGGAGGUUGGAAAUUAGAAGUAUGAAUAUAAUGUAUUUAAAGAACUUGAAGACUUGAACCUAUUUUUGUUUUAUAUAUUUGUAGUAUAUAAUAUGCAUUGGCUGCUAAGGGAAUAAGAGUGUAAAUGCUUAGGGUUUUUUAAUGUUUUAUUUUGUUUUGAUUUUAUUCUCCAUUGGCUGCAGUAAAGUUUCAGCUGUUCUCAAGGAUUAACCACCAUUGAGAGCCAAAUUAACAGAAUCUGCUCAUUUAUUUACCUACACUGGAAUCCACACUCUCCAAAUACACAAUUUUAAAGGUUACAAAAAAUGUUGCUCUAAAAAUGAGACUGCCCUCAUUAACAAGUUGGGGCCUAUCUGCCUUUUUGGCGUGUUUUUAGAUGGAACAUUCGUAUAAAAACAUAUUCUAACUUAAAUCUGAUUUCAAAUUCUGGAAAUGAGCUGUCUGUUGUCUUUAGAGCUGAAUGUUUUAAUUGGUUUGGGAACAAAUGACUCCUCCCACAUUGCUUUCAAUCAGAGCGGUGUGAAAGCUAUAGCUUCUAGUAUUGUCACACUCAAGUAAGCAAAGACCUGAGGGGAGCUGACCUAUCAAAUGUGUCACUUGACCAUUCCUCUUUUUGAAUAGAUAAAAACAAUCAUUGUGUGGUGCCUCUCUCAUCUAGAGAUGGAAGGAGAGAGGGUGAGAUGUUUCUCUCAGCUCUGUGCUAGCGGUUUAAGCAGGGUUGAGGCCGCUCAUAAGCUUUGUCUCGACACUGAAAUAUUUAUUCCGACUGUGACUUUCCUGUGAAUGUACUGCACUUAGUUUACUGAGAAGACUAAUGCCUUGUGGGACAGAGAGGGGGGAAAUAAAGAAAAUCUGGAUGGGCAGAGCAGUUCCCGGCGUUAAAUUAACAUUUCUUUUGUCAGUCAAAUUUCAGCUGUAAAUUGAAUUUAGAAACUCGAGCAAGGCAACGGGGGGUUUCUGUUGGAGGCAAAAGCUGGCUACAGUCUAGAUUUAUGAAGUGCAAUUAUUAUGACUGUAUUAACAAUUUUGUUUUCUCUGAGCUUACACCAAAAAAAUGUAAACUACAGCUGUGUCUACAUUCCCAAUGUACCACAUACUCGUUCCCUUCUUGUUUUGAGGUGCGAAAUAAACUGAUUUCAAGAAUUUAUUGAAAAACCCAAUUCUUUGUUUUGGCCUUGUUUUUAUUUAAAAAAGUAUUUCCUGAAAUGAAUAAAAAGCCAUUAUAUUCUCAUGCACACACUGAACUAGUUUGGAACAGGGAAAAUGAAUUAUCUCUAGCAUUGGGCUUUUCACAUCUGGGUUUACACGUUCCUGGAUUUUGUUCCUUAUCUACACUGCUCAAACUUUACCUUCAGGUUUUGACCUUCACAUUUCGAGAUUUCAAAC